AUGGGCAAAGUACAAGACCCCAAUGUCGUUUCGGCUGCCGGGGACGUUGAAGCCGGAUCCCAAACGUCCUCCAAGAGCUCGCUAAGCGAUGUUGCGAAGCCAGUCACGACUUGGAAAAGCUACAUCUGGGAUACAUGGGACCUGCCUAAAGAUGAAAGAUGGCUAUUGUUCAAAGUAGAUGGGUUUGUGUUGACAUUUGCAUCGAUUGGCUACUUUCUCAAGAACCUGGACCAACAGAAUGUCAAUAAUGCAUUCCUCAGUGGGAUGAAGGAGGACCUCUCCAUGUAUGGGAAUCAACUUGUGACAAGUACAUCGAUCUGGACCGUCGGAUAUGUUAUCGGGCAGAUACCGUCCAAUCUGCUGUUGACAAGACUGUCCCCGCGAAUCGUCAUCCCUACCCUCGAGAUAGGUUGGGGGGUUGCUACCAUUGCCACAUCUGCAGUACAGUCAUACAAAGCGCUUUAUGCAGUGAGAUUUUUAGUGGGCUUGUUUGAAUCAGGCUUCUACCCAGGCAUUCACUACCUUCUCGGCAGCUGGUAUACUCCACGUGAACUUGGCAAGCGUGCAAUGAUCUUUUGGCUAGCUGGUUCCAUGGGAAACUUGUUCAGUGGAUUCUUGCAGGCGGCGGCAUAUACGAACCUUGAUGGUGUCGAUGGUAGAGCGGGCUGGCGCUGGCUGUACAUUAUAGAUGGCAUCAUCACUCUACCUCUCGCCGCCGUAGGGUACAUCUUCUUCCCCAACUUGCCACAGGAUGAUAAAAAGACAUGGUGGACAACGAAAGCAGAGCACGAGCUUUCCGUAAGGCGUAUGAAAGCCGUCGGUCGUGCUGGUAAAGUGCCAUGGACGUGGUCAAAAGUCAGAAGGCUUUUGCGCAGUUGGCAUCCAUAUAUUCUGCCCAUACUAUACGUUCUCUGGAACAAUGGACUUCCCCAACCAGCCAUGGGUUACUGGCUCAAAAGUUUUAACCAUAAGCCUUAUCCUGUUCCUGGAACACAUUUCACCAUUCCACAAAUCAACUACUUGCCAAAUGUUACCACGGGAAUAUUCAUCGGAAUGGCCUUAGUAUGGGGUUGGCUCUCCGAUGGCCUGUUGCGAGGUCGACGUUGGCCUUUUAUCUACGUGGGUGCUGUAAUCACUCUGAUAUUCUCUAUCGUUCUCCGCCAAAUGUCGCUCUACUCAGACGUCCAUGGUAGAAAGAUCGUCUUCUAUCUCAGUCAACUCGGGUGGGGAGCGGGCCCUCUGAUCCUAAGCUGGAUCAACGAGAUAUGCUCGGAUGACACCGAGAAAAGAGCGAUACUUGUGGCGGCAGGCAACGACUUUGCCUACGUUGUUCAAGCUGUGGCGCCAAAUUUUGUUUGGAAAACCACUGAUUUCCCGGCUGCUAGAAAAGGCUACCUGUGGUCGAUCAUUCUUCAAAUUCUCCUAAUCUUUUGGACAGCUCUUAUUCAAUUCCUACUUUGGCGAGACAAGCGUAUUUCGGGAAAAGGAAGACCCGCCGAUGCUCUCGAGUCUGAAGUCGAGGAUUUCACUGGACUGGAUACGCCUACAGGAGCAGCUAAACAACGCUAUAACGAUGAAGUUGUGUCGAUAGUACCUGUUGAAACACACGCACCCACAAAAUGA